AUGCCCUUCGGUCUUAAGAAUGCAGGGGCGACAUACCAGAGGUUGGUCAACAGGAUGUUUAAGCAACAAAUCGAACGCAAUGUAGAAGUAUAUGUAGAUGACAUGCUGGUUAAAAGUGCUAAGGCACAUAACCAUGUUGAUGAUCUAGAAGAGACCUUCCAGGUUCUCAAAAAAUAUCAAUUGAAGCUCAACUUAACAAAAUGUGCUUUUGGAAUCUCGCUAGGGAAGUUCUUAGGUUUCAUGGUGUCUCAAAGAGGGAUCGAGGCAAAUCCAGAAAAGAUUCAGGCUAUACUCGCCAUGCGUUCACCGCAGAACAUAAAGGAGGUCCAAAAGCUCAGAGGACGAGUUGUUUUGAAAAAGGCCUUUGAAUGGACAACCACGGAGGAAAUGGCUUUCACCCAACUGAAGGAGUAUUUGGCAUCACCACCACUGCUGGGUAGGACUCAGGAUGGAGAGAAUCUAUUCUUGUACUUAGCUGUCUCCCCUCAAGCCGUCAGCACGGUUUUGGUUCGGGAAGAGCAGGGGACCCAACUCCCAGUAUACUAUACUAGCAGGGCACUACGAGGAGCUGAGUUAAGAUACCCCAGAGCUGAAAAAAUAGCCUUUGCAAUGGUAAUAGCAGCCAGAAGGCUACGGCCAUACUUCCAAGCUCAUCCAAUCAAAGUGUUAACAGACCAACCGCUUCGAAGAAUUCUCCACUCACCGGAGACGUAUUGGCAGAUUUCCUUAGAAUACACAUAUCCAGAGCCGGAGGAACUCCCCAGAGAAGAACCCAAACCUUGGGUCCUUCAGGUCGACGGAUCAACAACUAAAGAUGCAAGCGGAGCAGGCUUAAUUCUAACAUCCCCGAAAGGACAACGCCUUAGCUAUGCGCUUAGAUUUGAGUUCAAAACAACCAACAAUGAAACCGAAUACGAAGCCCUAGUAGUUGGAUUGGAGCUGGCAAGUGCCAUUGGAGCUAGCCAUGUGCUGGCCAAAAGCGAUUCACAGCUGGUUGUGGGACAAGUCCUCUGGGAAUACACCGUCAAGGAAGAGAUCAUGCAAAAGUAUGUGGAUAAAGUAAAGGCUCAAGUUGCGAAAUUGCAAAGCUUCAAUAUUGUUAGAAUCCCAAGGGAGGAAAACAAUGAAGCAGAUUAUUUGGCAAAGCUGGCCACGGCUAAGGAGGACGCUAUUCCACGGAAUACACCUGUAAGAUACUUAGAGUUGCCAAGCAUCGUCUCCCCAGAUAUACAAGUUCAGGCCAUCAAUUACAGUGACUCAUGGACUGGACCCAUAGUUGACUACAUAACUAAUGGGACACUACCAAAAGAUAAGGUCAAAGCCAGACAGCUCAAGAUCAGAGCUGCAAAGUACUUGAUGAUGGGAGAUGUGCUAUAUAGAAGGAGUUUUUCAUUACCUUACCUGAGGUGCCUCACCACUACGAAGUCUUUGCAAGCUAUGGAAGAGGUCCACCAAGGAAUAUGUGGGGAUCACCAAGGUGGCCGCAUGCUAGCUUACAAACUCCUCAGGUUAGGGUACUACUGGCCCAGCAUGCAAAAGGAUUGCAACUCUAUAGUGCAAAAAUGUGAAAAAUGUCAACGCUUUGCAAAUAUCAUUCAUGGAUCACCUACGGUUUUAACCCCAAUGAAAGGACCUUGGCCAUUCGCCCAAUGGGGGUUAGACCUGAUUGGCCCACUUCCAAUGGCUGCGGGCCAAGUCCAAUAUGCUAUAAUAGCUGUGGAUUACUUCACAAAUUGGGUUGAAGCUAAGGCACUGGCCGCAAUCACAGCGGAGGUUACCACUGACUUCUUAUGGAAGUUAAUUAUUAGCCAUUUUGGAUUGCCAAGAGUAAUCAUUACGGAUCGAGGAAAACAAUUUGACAAUGCUCAGUUUAAAGCAUAUUGUAUAUCUAGGGGAAUACAUGUGCAUUAUGCCUCUACAGCUCAUCCAAAAGCUAAUGGGCAGGUCGAAGUUACAAAUCGAACCAUCAAAAAGGGGAUUAAGAAGAGGCUGCGAGAGGCCAAAGGAACCUGGCCGGACGAACUUUAUAAUGUUUAUAAUGUGCUAUGGGCAUAUCGAACAACACCCCGAACUGCAACUGGAGAAACACCAUAUUCUCUUGCAUUCGGGGCAAAAGCAGUAGUCCCCAUUGAAGUGGAACUCCUCAACUACAGGACUGCAAGCAUCGACCACCAAGAAAACCAGGAGGAUCUUAGGGCUGAGCUAGAUCUUUUGGAAGAAACAAGGGAAACAGCAAUGGCCAAAAUAGCCGUUUACCAGCAGAGAUGGUCAAAUACCAUGAAAUACAAGUUAGGCCAAGAAGCUUUCGUACUGGUGAUCUAG